AUGGCUGAUUCUGGUGAUGUGAGCUACCCUAACACGGGCAGUAAGUUUUUUGCCCCUUGUUUAGGCCCAGUUGUCGACAAUGUUAAGUCUGAGGUCAACAAGACCGCUGGAGAGCUUAACAACCUGAAGAAGACUCGCGUUACCCCUUCCACCACUGCCGACAAUGGCCAGCCUUUGACCCACUACCACUCCCUUUUUUACAGCCUUCUUAGCUGGGAACAACCUCGCGCAACUGCUCUUUCCUACGCCAGUAUCAUUGGUUUCAUCUUCGCCGCCCGUUACCUGCCCCUCCUCCGCUGGGGUUUUAAGUUUUUGUACAUGUCGUUGGGAGUGACUGCUUGCGCCGAGAUUGCUGGUCAACUUGUUUUGAAGCAGGGUCUUGCUAGCUCAUUCCGUCCCCGCCGUUACUACACAAUCCCCAAGGAAACCCAUGAGGCCAUUCUCGAGGAUGUUUCCCAGCUGCUCGACUUCAUCCUCAUCGAGUUCCAACGUAUCUUGUUCGCCGAGAAUGUUAUCCACACUGUUGCUGCUUUCACCGCGGCCUUCCUUGGGUACUGGCUCAUUCGUUUCGUUCCAGUUUGGGGCUUGACCGUUCUCGCUGUGACUACUGCCUACUUUGGUCCUCUUAUCUACAUCAGCAACCGCGAGAUCAUCGAUGAGCAGAUCCAGAAUCUGCAGGACAUUAUUAGCGCUCAGACCAACCAGCUGAAGGACCUGGCUGGCGAGCGAACCUCCCACGCUACCGGUCUGAUGAAGCAGUACGUGGGUGACUACAGCAGCAAGGCCUCAGAGUACAUUGGCCGUCGCUCCGUCUCCCCUGAGAUGGCUAAGAUCCCCAAUCCCGUGAAGACCGAGGCCACCCCUGAACCGGUCAUCAAGACCGAACCCGUCGCAGAACCCGCCAUCAAGACCGAGGACUUCCCGGAAGCUCCCAAGGAUGAGCCUGUUGCUGAGGUCGUUGAGUCCGUUGAGUCUGCCCCCGAGGCUGCGGAGCAGGAGCCUCUCAUUGCGGUUUAA